AAUGAAUUUUAGUCGAGUGAAUUAUGUCAUGGAGGAUGCAGCGGCCAAAAUGAUUGUGCACUCGUCCCCUUACUUGUGCCUCUUUUACCCGGUGACCGCCGGCCUGCAGGGCACCGCACUGGGCUCGGACGAGGAGGAAAUUGUCCUGAUCGUCUUCGUGCUGAUCGACUCCGACAGCAACAAGGUGGUCAAUGUGCUGCAGUAUGUGGUCAAACCAAGGACGGCGGACAUCAACGAAAACAUCCUGUCCGAACAGUGCAUGAGCGAGGCGAAACUGACAGAGGCCGCGGUGAAGGCGGCAGAGCCCCUCGAGACCGUCCUAGCUAAGUUCGAGUCCUAUGUGCGGACGUUCGUGCAGGGCGGCGACCGUCCGCGGGGGAUGAUUUUCGUCACCGACGGCCAGCUCCCCCUUCGGCAAUGCCUGCACCCAGAGGCGUGCUCCAAGAACAUUCAGCUGCCCGAGUUCUACGAGAGCUUCUACGACCUGCGGAAGGAGUUCAGCUCGUUUUAUCAUGCCGCCGAGGAGAUGCACUCCAUCAGAGCCAUGGUCGAAUACUUGGGUAUGCUGCCGAACCCGGAUCUGGAGCCAAUCGAGUUCCAAGCGGAGGACGUGCGCGACAUGUUGAACCUGGUUUUAAGGCUUAUUGCAGACGGCCACAAAUUCAACCAGCUCGAAGUGAUAACAGUGAGAUUGGAACCUGGUAUAUGCUCAAAGAAUGAAGAGGUAGACUCCAACUGCGUGGUUCGUGCUCGCGGUCUCCCUUGGCAGUCGUCAGACCAGGACAUAGCUAAAUUUUUCAGAGGCUUGAAUGUCGCCAAAGGCGGCGUCGCUCUUUGUUUGAGCCCGCAAGGCAGAAGAAACGGCGAGGCGCUCGUGCGGUUUGUGAAUCAGGAGCACCGAGACAUGGCGAUGAAGCGACACAAGCACCACAUAAAUAACCGGUACAUCGAGGUGUACAAGGCGAGCGGCGACGACUUCGUCAACGUGGCCGGCGGCAGCAACAACGAGGCGCAGGCCUUCCUCUCUAAGGGCGGCCAGGUGAUAAUCAGGAUGCGCGGCCUCCCUUACGACUGCACCGCGCGGCAGGUGCUCGAGUUCUUCGACUCGGGCAACAAUCCGUGCUCGGUGCUCGACGGCGAAGAGGGCGUCCUCUUCGUCAAGAAGCCCGACGGACGCGCCACGGGCGACGCAUUUGUCUUAUUUGCUCAAGAGGACGAUGCCACGGCGGCUCUCAGCAAGCACAGAGAGCUCAUUGGCACUAGAUACAUUGAACUCUUCAGAAGCACUACUGCUGAGGUCCAGCAGGUGCUCAAUCGGUCAAUGGAUCCGAAAACUUACGAACAGCAGCAGCCGCUGAUCGCACAAAUCCCUCAAGUGCCUUUAUUGCCGCAGCACAUUAUUACUAGCGGCACCAGAAAGGACUGCAUCAGACUCAGAGGCCUCCUUUAUGAGGCGCUCGUAGAACAUAUUUUGGAGUUUUUAGGCGAACACGCCAAGAACAUUGUCUUCCAAGGAGUGCACAUGGUGUAUAAUGCUCAGGGCCAGCCAUCAGGCGAGGCGUUCAUCCAGAUGGACUCUGAGCAAAGCGCGUUCCUGGCGGCGCAGCAGCGGCACAACCGGUACAUGGUGUUCGGGAAGAAGCAGCGAUACAUCGAGGUGUUCCAGUGCAGCGGCGAGGACAUGAACCUCGUGCUGACGGGCGGAAUCCCGGCGCAGAAGGUCCUCACCUCGCCUGGUAUGUCGCCGCCGGGCGCGUGGGACGCGACCAACAUGCUCCCCCUGCGGCUGACGGAGGCGCCCGCGCCCCUCUGGCCGGUGUCGUCACCCGCGUCGCCCCCCAUGGCCCCGCAAAGGGCCGCCCCGUCGGCCCUGAUGCCGUCGGCCGCCGCGGCCUUCCCCCACCACCAGAUGCUGCUGCUGAACCCGCGGCUCGCGAUGGCCGCCGCCGCGCAUUACCAGCAGCAGCAGCAGCAUCAGGCGGCUGUGGCGGCCGCACAGGCGCACGCGCAUGCGCAGGUCGCCGCCCUGCAGCGCUUCAAAAGUCUGCAGAUGAUGAACGCGCAGAACGUUGCCGCCAUGAAGCGCUCGUGGGAGCAGGCCUUUCCCGCGGGCGCCGCCGCAGCGGUGCCCGCGCCCAUCAAGCGCCCCUCCAACUUCCCGCAAACCGCCUUCUCCGCUCCCCCUCCGCCCACCAACGCCGCCGCCUCGGUCGCCACGCCGGUCAUGUACCAGCAGGGCCCUCAGUUCUAUCCGUCCUUGUGAUUCGAGCUCUCUCUCACUCUCUCGGCCUUGCUCUCUUAAGGGCCGUGCCGCCGACCCUGAGUCUUCACCCUCCGCUCCCUUCCAAAAGUUGCAUUACACUCAAGAUUUUAUUUAAAAAGCAAUGCAUUGCACCUAAAAGCUUUAAUUUUCGUAGCAAUUCCCCGUCUGAUGUCGGCACCCUGACCCUGUGAAGGAGGGGAAGGUUUUAUUUUUAAAUUCCAAAAUUUUUCGUUUUAUACUAGAUUGUCUAUUUUUCCUCCCUCCCAGCUUCCUCUCGCUCAGGGUUAAAUUUUAACUGUGGAACCUUAAAGAUUAUAUACCACUCUCCCGUACGGAAACCCUGAACCUGAGAAUGAGGGGAAGUGAAUCUUAAACUAAAUGCCGCAAUUGUUUUCCCGUUUUUAAAUAGGUUUAACAUUUGAUUUUGUCCCCUAUAACAAUUGUGUCUAGUUUCCCCUUCCCCUCAGAGUUUUGAAAUCCUAAAACUUUGAAUUAAUCUCUUACCUUCCCGUAAUAUAUUUACCUUUCCUAAAAUAAAUGCAACCUUGGAUUUCCUCCCCUCCAGCAGAUUUUCCAUUUCCCCCUUCCUCCCCAGAGUUGCAUUAAAAUCAGCACUUAAAAUCUGCAGUGCACUAGCUUUUUUUGUGCUUAAAAUUUUCUUGUGAUAUUAGUAGAUUUGUCUUUUCCUUUAACCCUGAGUUGUAGGAGGAGGCAAAACCUUGUAAUAUAGUGUUUAUUUCAAAAUCUAACUCAAAUCUAGCAUUAAUGCGAGUUGAAACGUCUAAAAGUAAAUGCAACCCCGAAUUCCCUCCCCUUCUCCUGCCGACAGUUCCUGGUAAACACGCAGUUCGGCAUAAAAUCCUGAUCCUGAGAUUCCCCUCCCCUCUUUUCCCGGCCCUCCAAGCCGUGAUUGGACGGAGUCCACCAAUCAGAGCACUCGAUUCCUGUUUUUUCCCCGAUUUGCGUUUUCCCGGGAAAAUAAAAUCGGUGCGCGCGCUUGAACCGGAAGUCGGCACGGCCUUUAUCGCGCUGCUGGAGGCUGAUUUGCAAACCUUUUAGACGACCAGUGCAUGUAUUUUGAUGAACCCGAGUUUUACUCUCACACGCUGCUAGCACAACAGGGCUUGCGGGGCGUAUUUUCUUACAGGAGAGGUGUUAAUUUGUAGACAACUAUGUGGUCUUCCGAUUAAGAGUUGGUCCUUGUUUUGUUCGGGCCGCGCGGCGAGGAGUCGUGCCGGUGAAAAUCCAAUUCACCGGCUCUGAAAAAAAAUCAGCUCUGCCGGCCCCGCACGGCCCCUCGCCCGCGCGGUCCAGGCUAUCGUAUCUCAACUAAAGGUCAGGUUGACUAAGCGGAAAUAAUGUUGCUCCUCUUUUGCAAAUCUGCCUCCGAUAAUCUGGAAUAUGAAUAUUUUACAUGUUUUUAUUUUUGUAGCCCUGACAGUGGUGUGGGCUUCUUUUGCGAUCAUUUUGUACUGAGAAAUAAAACUCGUGUUAACUCAUUAUAUUACAUGGUUUGGGCUUUAUUUUUAUUUUUAAGUGUCUUUCUCAAAGUGCUUGCUGGCUGCUGCAGCCCCUCAUCAGGUGGGUUUGGCUUUUAAACAACUGCAUGCUUAUCACUCGGCCCUGCCCCCAUAUCUGUCUCCUGCUUUUGUUUCGUUAGACCUGUUUUGGCACACACAUUAUUUAACAAUUUUGAGUUGGUCAGCGCCACAUCACCGGUGGAGGCCCGAUUUUUCACUUUUGUACAUGCAGCAGCGGAGAUCCACCACUGCUGCGCGCGCUUUUGUGCUCUCUGUCGUGUUGGAUCUCGUUGUUUGUGUCCCCUUGACUCAUUUUUACGCGGCCUUCCGUUGCCAUUCUGGGUCUAACUGGCGUAAUUCUCCACUUUUGCAUUUUAUAUUUUAAACGGGUUUUUGUUUAACGAGUUUACAAAAUUAGUUGACGUAGUAGCUCUCUUUGGGAUGAUUGUGUUUUGAUUUUCCUCCACUCUCGAGCAAAGCUCAAACGUGAUUUUUAUACAGUAAUAAUGAUGCUUUUUACUCUUUCUGGAAGUUACGGUCUAUCGAAAUAUCGUCCCCCCUUAUGUAUGUGUCUUGCCUUUGUUCACAAUUGAGGUUUAUGGGCUUUUUUACAUCUCAAACGCAGCGCACUGUAGAGAGUAAUUAUCCUCACUCUUGUUGUUCGUCACUUUACGAUCGCGUCCGAGCUCGAAAUUCCGAAACUCCUCAUCUUUUCCAGGCCCAGACUUUGAGCCUCAAUCGUGGACCGCCCUUCCCUCCCCCUUAUUCUCAUUCGUCCUCUGGUAGAAAAUUGCCAUUUUAACGCCCCUGAAAAUCAGGGAGAUGCCAUUUCAUUUUCGACAUUGAAAUCUGCACUUUUCUCCUACUGCUCGAAAAUUUUAAAAGGGAAAAUGGGAAAUUCGUUCAUUGAAAUCACGCAUUCGCAAGCCAGACAAGUAAAGCUAUUCUUUAUGAAUAAAUUGGCCAAAAUCGAUUAAAGUAAAAUGAAUUUUUCAGACGGAAAUUUAUAAAGAAGUUUUAUUCUAAAAAGAAAAGGGGGUUUGUCUAAUUUUUUAGCGUAAAUUCCUCCGAAUUGAUUACAGUUUCAUAGUCAAGUUUGAAUAACCAAAAUAUAAAAACGUUUCUAUGUAAAUCUGCAAUCAGUGCUGUUUAAAAAAUUAUCUAACUCACUUUUUAGUCGAAAAAAAGCAAAGAUGGCAAGGAUAUUUUUUUGCUAUUCCUGUCAGGCUGCAAAACCAAAAUUUGGAAAAUUGAUCGAUUGUUAAUUGUAAUCAUUCUUUUUAAUUUCUCGUCCAGAAAGCUUUUCAUUUUCUAAAAUUAUUUUGCCGAUAGUUUAUUUUCAAUUUUAGAAAGUUUUUAGCAAGCUAUAAGGUGUUUUUUGAAAGCCUGAAAUGUCUCAAGCUCCCACUAAUUUGUUUAAUAAAUUUAGAAACAGAAAAAAUAGUUGAUUUACGCCUAUAUUUUACAGAAUUUAUUUGGAGGAAUUGGGAGAGUUUCGUUUGAAUAAAAAAUCUCAUUAAAUUUGCCACAAUGCGAUUCUUACUCUUGCGAUUUUUUU